CACAAAGCGCGGAAAUCCUGAAAAAGAAGAAGAAGAAGCGGAAGCGGAAAUGAGGUCCUUUUGUUUUGAAAGAGGGAAAUUUUAAAUCUCGACGGCGUUAAUUUUAAAGUAAACACAAACAACCGGAAUAAAUCCUCCCAAAACGAUACGAAAAUGACCGCGGUCUGACAUUCUUCACCCCUGAAUGUAAAAGUCGGCUUCACACCAACAUGAAGAAGAAGGCGAGGAGGUCGCAGGUGGCAGGCGGCGGCAGAAACCGGGAGGAGUGCUGUGCUCUCUGCAGGCUCAGUGAUGAUGACCCGGCCAUGUUUGGGGAAAAAGUCACACUCAAAGAGCACAAACUCUCCGUCCACUACUUCUGUUUGCUGACGUCUUGUGGAGUUUACCAGCGAGGAGAGGAGGACGAGGGCGUCUUCGGUUUCCUGGUGGACGACAUCAAACAGGAGAUCCGCCGGUCGGCUCGACUGACGUGUUUCUGCUGUAAGAAGAAGGGAGCGUGUGUCGGCUGUAACGUGCGAAGCUGCAGGAAGACGGUCCACUUCCCCUGCGGGAGGAAGCAGAAGUUCAUCUCCCAGUUUACCGGACUGUUCCCGUCCUACUGUCCGGAUCACAGUCCCACUCAGUCUCUGUGUGUGGGUUCAGACCUCGGUCUGCAUAUGUCCUGCUCCGUCUGCCUGGACUCCAUCGAGCCCGUCCUCUGCUACUCCGUCCUCAAAUGUCCGUCCUGCCACGCCAGCUGGUUCCACAGGGACUGUGUGCAGCGUCAGGCCCACAGUGCCGGCCUCUUCUUCUUCAGAUGUACUCUCUGUAACAACAAGGAGAACUUCCAGGAGGAGAUGCUCAGGAUGGGAAUAUACAUCCCAGAGAGAGAUGCCUCAUGGGAGUUGGAGGCAAACGCGUAUUCAGAGCUGCUGCAGGUUUACAAGCGCUGUGACGCUCUCACCUGCCUCUGCAGCGACGGACGCACGCACUCCGCCAAGACCGGUUGGUUUGAGGUGAUUCGCUGCCGGCUGUGUGGAUCCGGAGGGACUCACAGGAAAUGUUCGGGGCUGAAGUUGGACACCAGCGACUGGGCCUGCAGCGACUGCACGCAGGCUACUGACGGGAAAGGUCUGACUUCCCUGGUCUCAUCUCCUCAGGGAGGUCAGAGGCGGAGUCUGCUGUCCAAACGCCACCUGUCCCCCAUCCACUCCUCCGUCAGCUGUAAGAGGUACACGAACCUAACGCGCCUCUCCUCCGUCAGCUGUAAGAGACCAUCGUUACCUGUAGGAUCUGGAUCACCUGAGGAGUUCCUGCAGGCGUUGGCCCCUCAGCUCCGGCCCCUCAGUGUCCAGGUUGAGGUGGGCGGGGAUCAGGCUCUGUCUGCAGGUGUGGAGCUGGUGAGGAGGGCCGACUUCGACCCCACACACACUCUGUCUGUCAGGUUCAAAGACGAACAGCAGACUGCAUUUCCCAGCAGCCUCCAGGAUGGCGACACCGCCAGGCAGCACUUCCUGAAGCUGCUGGUGAAGCAGAUCCAGGACUCUGUGGUGUUUGAGGGUCCAGACGGAUACAAAAACCUGGCACUGGACUCCCAGGCUCUGCGUGAGGACCUGUACUUUGACGUCGGCUGCCUGCUGGCUCUCUCUCUGGUUCACGGCGGUCCUCCUGUCGGCUUCUUCUCUCGCGCUCUCUACCAGUGUCUGUUCAACUACCCGCCCAACCGGCCGCUCGCCGUCACACACAUGACCCCCGACACACACUUCACCUCGCUAGUCAGCAGGAUCGCAGAGACGGAGUCUUUAGAAGAGCUGAAAGAAGUCAUGGCGGCGAGUUGGGAGUACCUGGAGCUGGCCGGCUGCAACCGACCAAUCAGCAGCCUGGAGGAGAGAGAGGCUCUGGUGGAGGAUCUGGUCGGCUUCGCUAUGAUCACCAGGAUGCAGCUGCCGCUGCAGAGGUUUCGGGAGGGCCUGCAGACUUUGGGUGUCUUUGAUCAGGUGCAGCUCUUCCCGUCGGUGUUCUGCAGCGUUUUCUGUGACGCGGCGGAUCGGCUCACGGCUCAGAUGGUCGGUCAGCUCUUCACCGUCGACUUCUCCCAGCAGGAGGACAGACUGAACAGGGAGACGCCCGUCGUCACCUUCUGGAGACACUUCCUGCUGGAGUGUGAAGUUGGGAGGAGCUCUAUCUCCCUGCAGGACCUUCUUCGUUUUGCCACAGGAGCUGAGGAGCUCCCAGCAGCUGGCCUCCUCCCUCCUCCCUCCAUCUCCUUCCUCCAUCCCUCAGGAGCUGAUGAGGGCGGAGGAGGACAGAGGGAGACAGUCAGACGAAGAAGGGGAGUGUGGAGGGACAAUGGGCUCCUCCCUCAGAGCGAGCCUGCCUCCAAACACCUCCUCCUGCCCGUCACCUCCUCCUACCAGGCCUUCAAAAGCUCUAUGGAGCAGGCCGUCAGCCACCAUGUGCGCCUCCUCCCCACAGAGAGUUAGAGGAGGCGGGAGGAGGAGAGAGGAGAGAGGAGGACUGGUUUGGAUCAGAAAAUCUGCAGAAAGUACUUUAUGAUCUGUAUUUAACGAUAAACUCCCAUAUUUUUGUUAUCCAUUGACCGUUCGCUAAGCCUCCCCCCCUUAGUUACUGUUGCUAUGCCUGUCAAUCUUUCUAUAUCAUCGAUCAAAUAUAGAAAUAUUCAAUAUCAUGCUAACAGACUGAAGCUAAAUGGAAGUUUGCCCGGAGUGUAAAUUUCCCCAAAUCUGCUAGCAUUAGCCUAAACUCUGAUAGCAUCCAGGACCGACUCCCACACAGUGGAUGCUCCACUCCUGAGCAAGCAUUUUUCUACCGUAACCUAUAAGCCCACGAAAUAGUGUAGUUAGCUAAAGACAUGCCCCUUGCCUUUGGAAAUAUCGCUAGGUUACUACUGUAGCUAGUUAGCUGGACAUGCUAACGUAGCCAAACACAGUUUAAUCCAUCCACUUUUGCGCUUCUGUUUUUAGUUUUGUAAACUCUUUAUAUCUCUCUGACUACAGACCCAUGUGCAAAGCUUCAACACGUGGAGAAAUCCAAAGCUAGUCACACCACAACCUGUGCCUAGCUACGGUUGCUAAGCUAUGAUUGGACAAUUGCUGUUCGGAGGCUUCGGGGUUUAGCGAACUUUCAAUCUAAUCUGUUGAAUAUUUUUUUCAGUUAAUCAAUGAAAAACAGAAAAUCCUCACUGGAGAAACCGACGCCAGAGGAUGGUUUGUGCUUCUGCUUGAUAAAUGACUCAAAACAAUUAAUCCAAUUUAUUAGCGAUUAGAUGAUUUCAGCUCUGCUAGUUUUGGGAUUUUUGGUUUCAAAACAAAAUCGGGGAGUUUAUCUUUAAGUCGUUAUGGAUAAGAGGUUAUUAUAUGUUCCUACACCACGAAAGCGACAGCGACACAUUCAGAAUGUCGAUCAGAGGUUUCUUUAUACCAGUUAUACCGAGGUAGCUAUCAGUUUAUUCCUGUAAUGUUGCAAAUCAAUGAGCAGGACUGAUUUGUGACAAAGGUUAAAGAUCUGGGAUUUCUAUAUGAUUUUUGUAUCUGUGUGGUUUUUCAGGUACUUUAAAGGAUCAGUCUGGUGUUAUUCUAUAUUUUUCUUUCUUUCUCUCAACAAAUCUCGCGUGUAGAUACGAACCAACAAAGUGUUCGUGUUACUUAGUACUUCCCUGACCGCUAACCAUUUCCUGAAACAGCUUCUCAAUGUAGUUUUUAUCAAACAAACAGAGGAAGAAGAUCCAUCAGGCUGUGAUUCACACAACACUUGUUAGCAGAGACGUUCACUGCUGGUUUGACAGGAAGAAAAAUGUAGAAUAUCAGCUCAUUCAAACUGGCUAAUUUAUCCAUAACCAGUUUCUCAGUUGAUUUAUCCAGAAGAUCUGCUACAUCACAUCCGCCCGUCACUGAUAAGUAACACAUCGAGUUUAAAACGGUUUUAGACAAGUGAUCAAAUGAUAAACCGCCUGCUGUAAACAUCAUCAGCUGAACAACACACCUGAACAUGGACAGUUCAGGUGUCAUCUCGCUCACUAAUGAAGCUAAUAAUUAAAAUGGUUUCACAUCUGGCCAAAGCAAAGACCUGAAACUGAGAGUGCUCCUCUCACGUUAAACUGCACGUAGCAUUAAAAAGUCUUAAAUCUGCCUGUUUGGAACUUUUUCUCUGCUCUUUCCUUCAAACACGCAGCUCGGAUGAGAUCUGAUGAAAUGAUCGUUGCAGCGUGGUUUAUGAAUAAAGCUAAAUAUCUUCUGUGUUUUCAGGUCUGAAAACGAUGGUGCUGAUUUUAUCUUAACUUUGCCUUUAAGAGCUACUUUUAAUUCAGUCAUAUUUUUAUUGUACAUAGUUUGUUUCUUUAAGCUUUUAAUGAUGCUGAGGUUUUCUGUUUGUGCUCGUUUCUCUUGUUUGUAAUGUUCUUUUUUUUGGUAACUUUUUUUCGGGGAAAGUGUGAAAAGCACGAGUCGAAUGAGAUUAGUGUUUGUUUUCUCGUGUCAUGUGAUAUCUCAGACUUUGCUGAUCAAGGUUUCACAAAACUUGUGACACGUUUCAUUCACGUUCAUUUCAUCACUUGAUGCGUUUCCCAUCUUAUGAAAUGUGUUAAAAUGUUUUCUGGCUUCAGUAAGGAGCCUCGACGAAGUUCGGAAUUCCCCUCCAAACCUUUGUGUUUUGUCAAAGUAAAGUUAUGUUUAAAAAAAAAAAAAAAAAACUUAAUCUGCUAAUUAGAAUUACAUGAAGCCCGUGAUGUACUCUAAAACUAUGUUCAUUUUUCAAAUAAGUUGCAACGUCAGGGUUUCUUCUUGAAUUUUUGGUUGAUUAAUGAGUAAAUUAAUGGAUUGUAAUGCAUUAAUGACUUUUUAGCUGAUUAUCUCCACAGUUUUUAGGGACAAUAACAUAAUUAAAAUGGACCAAAUCCCCUCUAUCUUCACUUUAAUUGAAAAAAUUUGGCACCUUUUUAAGAUAUAAAUUAAUGCAUGGCUCUCAUUUUAUCUGGUCAAUUUUAAGGAUUUUUCCCCUUUUAAAAACCCUGAAACUGCAGAUAAUCCAUUAGAAAUACCGCGAUAUAUUACAACCCAUUCAUUUAUCCAUUAUACCCUUGAAAGCAGAAAUGUCAGUAAUGGGUAAAUUAAGUGAAAUUUAAAGUAAAAAUGAAGAGAUUCAGUUUCAAAGUGUCCCAGCUGCAGACACGUUUAGAUCUACACCAUAAAACUGUGAAGGGUCAGUUGAAAUUUGGGUUUAUUGCUUUAGUAUCAGUCAGAAUACAGUGUCUCUUUUUCGAUCCAGUUGUUUAUCAGAUCUUUCUCUGAUUUAGUGAAUUUCUGUCAUUCGGCGUAUAUUUUUGUCUGUUUCCUUUGAACUUUCUUGUUAUUUAUCUGUCGUGUUUCCUUCCCGUUUGCUGCAUGUUUGUGUCAUUUUACAAGUAUGAUUUUUCUCUUUGUUCUUGUGGAUUAUAAACGCAGAAACAAACCGU